GUGUAUCCUGGUAUUACUCCUCGGGGCGUCAUUGCUAUUUCUGUUUCAUUGCAUCACGUGUGCCUAUGACUCAUAGGCUGUUGUUUAUGUGGAUAAUAAAGGUUACGUUUCAGCAGGAUGUCCAAGUCCCUCCUUCUUUUUCUGUAAUAAAAGGCCGGGAGCGACUCACCUCUGGAUUCAUUCAAACUUUGAGGAAGAAACGCCAGCAUCAGAAAACGAGAUGUGCACUGAGGAACUCGAGUGCGGCGUCUGUUAUCAGACCUACAACGCAGGUCGGCGGUGUCCCCGGGAGCUCCAGUGCAAGCACAGCUUCUGCGAGAGCUGCCUCCUGGCUCUGUCCCGUCCUCUGGGACCCGGCGAAGCGCACCUGCAGGCCGGCAGGUUAAUCGUCUGCCCGCUGUGCCGACACAUCACAUCCAUCUCCGAUCAGGGGAAAAUCAGAGCCGAGCUGAGGGUGGACGAGUGCGCACUGGAGCGGCUGACGACUGCGGGACUCCUCGACCAAAAGGAGGACGACGAUCCCGAGCUGGAUGAUCAAGUUCAGAACAACGAGGAGGAGGAGGAGGAGGCGACUCCAGCCGAGGAGAGCGAGUCUUCUGCGGGCUCCAGAGGCGGGAUGCUCCGGCGGUCUUGGAAGAAAGUUUGGGGAGUGAUAAGCGGCAAGAGACAGCAGAGAAGAGAAAACUGUAUGACUUCUGCUGAGCUGAUUACCCUCGCCAUGAUGUCCUGCCAGAUGUUUUGAGCAGCCCCUGGCCCCAGAUACCCCAGAUACCCUGGAUAAUGUGACGCAGUAUUUACCGUCAGUGGCUGAUCUUCUCAACGUGGACUUGAUGACUAUGAUGGACACUGAACAUUUUUCUUUCUUUUUGUGAUUCCUUGUUUAAGUGAUGACCACUGUGUAGCUGUUCCACUCAAAUGAGAGAGGAAAAUAUGAUGCCAAAGUGGCCCUUUUAAGGCCCAGUGAUGUACAGAUGUUUUUUUUUAUGAAUGUAUUUAUUAUUUAAAAUGUUUGAUAUUUAAGAAAAAAUAAAAUUAUUUUUUUAAGCUCA